AGGCUUCGUAUCAUUCUGCAUUUUCAACAUCUUUCAGCUUUGAUCUUCGCGCCGGAUUUAACGUCACUAUUUCGCAGAAUGUUCUUUGUAGUUCACCGCAUAGCAUUCAUUUUUGGUGUUAUUUACAACAUUUGAAUAAAGCUUUGCGUAUCACAAACUUAUUUUAACCAAGCGACACAUCAAAUUUUCUAGCCCAAGAAUCGCGAAGAUUUGCAAAAAUGUUUCUUUCUACGCGACGAGGGCCACCAGCACCUAUGAAGGGCAAGAUUUUCUUCCCGGUCACGUCAUUAUUUCAACUACUCCUUUUAUGGUCGGCGUCGGCGACAUGCUGCGAAUGGCUUCUACAACAGAACCUACUUCGCGGGUCCUUUUCUAGCACUUUUUUUGCCCAUGCGAAAAAGUCCUCCUUCUUCCGCGCGGGGCUAUCCUAUGGCUGCCUCUCCGCGGGAAGCGACAUCAUGUCCCAGCUUCUUUGUGAAAAGAAGAAGCUGAGGCACUUCAGCUUUUUACGGAAAGACAUGCCCGGGACAGCGCCAGGAGGGGAUUCGCAUGCGGCAAAGAGCAAGACCAACUACUUUAUUCCCACUACUAGCUGUGUCUCAAAACAAAGGACCCUUGUACUAGAGCAGAAGAUGGACAACAUCAUGGACUUGAGCAACUUCAACAGCAGCAACUAUUAUGACCCGAUCCCGCCUAGUGCCAGUCGGAGAUCAACCUCACCUUGUACAGUAGCUUCUGCCACCGACGGAAGUAUGACCCUCGAUCGGAAGGAGCCGACUAUACCGGGGGGUAAGUUGUACAGUACGAAUUUAAGCCGUGUUCUCUCCACAGCCCCAGGCACGAUCCUCGCGAACAAGGGAGGAUGGAAGGGAAAAAGAGGAGUUGUUGAGUGCGAAGGAAGAAGGGACGCCAUGCCUGGCGCUUUUACUUGGACAACACCGACUUCAGCGUCUGCAGCUUCAUCAUUUUUAUACCUUGGAGGUUCUAGUACAGGUGCAGCUACUGGAGCUGUGUCGCCAUCUCCGCCAAUUUCUUGUGCUACAGCGAGUCCUGCGAUUUCCACCAGUUUAGCCGCUGUGAAAGAAAAGGAGUUCGACGUUUCCCGGACGCUUCGGUGGGGUUUUAUUGGUGCGAGUUUAACCGGACCGUAUUACAAGGCCGCUUAUGAGAUGGUGGAAAAGUUUUGGAAGAGCGAAGCGUUUGUUGGCUUGAACAAAAACUUGAAACUACAACUGCUUUUGAAGAAUCUCUCCCAGCAGUUGAUCAUCAACCCGGUGUUUUUAGCGAUUUUUUUCACAUAUUCCUCCAUAGUUGAGGACUUCUGCAAGUCUGACUACGAGAAGGAAAGGAUCGGGAGCAGUGGGUUUGAAAGUCUUUUUUCUCUGAGCAAUACCUGUAGCGAGAAGAUCGACGACAAGUUGCAGAAUGUGUGGCCCGAGGCGUGUUUGAAGGCCAUGGUUUUUUGGGGCUUCGUGGAUCUGAUUACGUACCAAUUACCGGUUGGAAAUCGGGUUUAUUUCGCGUCUGCUUGCGGCGCGGUGUGGACGACGUUUCUUUCGUUUUUGGACAAUAAGAAGAAUAACGAAGUAGAAGUUUGUAAUUCAGCAGGAUCACAACUGCCAGUUAUAGAAGCGGUUUUACCAGGAAAACCUCUUCGAGGUGGUGACUUGUACGGGAAGUCGUUACAAGACCACGAAGACCCGCUGCAGCAGUUGAAGCGAAUCAAGGGCUUGGAAAUGAAACUCCGGCAAGAUGUUGUGAUGGAAAGUACCACGAAGAGUUCGAGUUUAAGUUUUCUGAGGACUGCAACCCCAAGAACCGAACGCGGAGAACAAGAACAAGAAGGGGACCACGGCAAGGCGAAAGAGCUGGACGAUAGCACGAGGACCUUUACCAGCAGUAGGCUGUCGCCGGCGCACCUAGAUACUCUUCGGGACCAUCAUUCUGCACCGAGCGAAUUUUCAUUUUUCUCCAAGCUGCACUUUUGGACAGAAAAGGAAAAUUAGAGAAAUUGAGAAUACAGUACCGGAAGAACAAUGCAUCGGAAGUAGCACUACGUAUUUGCACUUCUGCAGACGAGAAUUUCGAUUUGGCUACCGCAAACGAAAUGGCAAUGUAGUAGAAUAUAAUGGUCGAAUCGCAUAGGAAAAAGACGCUAGAGAAAAAUUUGGAGUUUGCUCCGUUUUUGUAUCGUUUUGACAUUUUGUUUCAAGAAUCAAAACUUGUUCAUCAUGACAUUUCUGAGCUUGAUAUUAGUUCAUUUUGAAGAAGCCCGGGGCCACUACAAGUUCCAAGUUUCUUUUCUGAAACAGUAUACUAUAAUCCAAAGUUGCUUUUCAUCCUUUUUUCGCUAUUCAAUUUGUUUGUUGCACCUGAGACGAGAUUCUUUCUGCUCCUCUGAGAAUAGAGGAAACGUUUUUCCUACAAGCCACAGUUUUUCUAGCCUGAACUAACAAAAUGAACAAACCGUUCCUAGACGAUAUGCAGCGGCUGGUUCUAGGGAGCACAUUUUUCACAGAGCGACUUGCUGCCGCAAGAAGUUGAAGUGCGCGGACCUUCUCAAUAAGAAAAUAUUAUACAGCCGUUUGACAACUAGAUCGUGCACCCAUUCUGUUUACCGCCUCGGUAAUAGUACACAACCAAACACUGUAAUCACCAUCAGCGUAAAAGCACAGCUAAUUUUGACCGCGCUUUGUUGAUUCGACGCGAGGCUCCGUUUCAGCGAUGUCUCUGUUUUGAAUUUGAUUCGAUUGACUUGAGGAACGAAGGUACGAAAAGAAAGAAUAGAACGGUCCCCAAAAAUUUCCCAAGACGUGAUCAGUUUCUGUCGGAUCAUUGUUUCUGUAGGACCAUCAUUACAGCGAAUGUUCUAGAUAGGAAUCGAAAGACUACGGGAAAUGAGGUAUAUAUAACUACAAUUUCUGGCGCAUAUCGGUAGGUCUUGGCUAAACAAGUGAGCCCGCUUAUAAAUAGCUAAGGUUUAGGCUAGCACUCAAGCCAGAAAGGGCGCAGCUCCUAAGUAGACAAACAAACGAAAACAGAGUGUUGAGCUUCUUCACAGCGUGAGGCUCUAAACAAGAUAAUACGGAUAUUCCUAUUGUUGUAGUUGUGGUUGUGAUGAUGUUUUUUGGAGCACACAAAGCUUAU